AUGAAAAACGCCUCCACAGUCAUACUCCAACCAGUCACGCAAACAAAAACUCAUCUCCAUUCUUCCAUUUAGCCUUUUCAGUUUCUCUCUCAUCCUCAUCAACGGUUUCUCAGUUACAUAAUCUCCUCUCUAUCUCUCUCAAAUAGAUGUCAUGGCCACAGCCACCGUGGACGCCUCCGUUUGCAACUACCAGAAUCAAGUCCACACCGAAUCUCUCCUUCUAAUCGAUCUACGCCAUCUUUCCCAACCCGAACUCCUCUCCCUCUCCUUCUGUUCCUCCUCCUCCUCCCUCCACCGUCUCCAAACGGACACCGCCGACGUCUCCACUCCUAAAAUCGACCGUUCAGUCUUCAACGAGUCUGCUGGUAGCCGCAAACAAACUUUCUCACGCCUCCGCCUUGCCCCUCGCAACAAUAACGCUUCCUCUUCUUCGAAUUCAACUCCUGUUGUUCCCUUUCAAAUUACCGAACGAAACCCUCUCGAUGAAGAGAAUUCACAGAUAAUUUAUCUUCUCAAGUCGCUGUUUGGUUCUAAUUCUCACUUUAUUGAAAGCAACAACGAGAAUAAUCAUAACCUAGUCUCCGUUCCUGUCAUCUAUAAUGAAUAUAUGCGUUUGCCUUGUACAAAUAAUGCGGAAUUGCAAAAUGUUGGCUGUAGUCAAGGAGGAGUAAAAAGCUUAGAGGUAAAUCACUUGAUCUCGACUCGAAUUGCCGAAUCUAGUUCAAAGAAAAGGAAACGAGGCAGGCCACGGAAGAAUGAGAAUGUCGAUUUCGGUAAUAACGAGUUACUAGAGAGGAAAAAAAUUGAGAAUAAAACGAUUGCUGUUGUGUGUGACGAUGUGGAAGUGCAGAAUAAGAAGACAGAGGAGAUGGAGAUGGUGAGCAAGAAUGGAGUGGUAGUGGACUUUUUGGCUUUAGGGAAUAUGGAGGAUCCGUAUGGGCAGGAGUUGCGGAGGAGGACGGAGGGAAUGCUUGGCCUUAGUCAAGGAGGAGUAAAAAGCUUAGAGGUAAAUCACUUGAUCUCGACUGGAAUUGCUGAAUCUAGUUCAAAGAAAAGGAAACGAGGCAGGCCACGGAAGAAUGAGAAUGUCGAUUUCGGUAAUAACGAGUUACUAGAGAGGAAAAAAAUUGAGAAUAAAACGAUUGCUGUUGUGUGUGACGAUGUGGAAGAGCAGAAUAAGAAGACAGAGGAGAUGGAGAUGGUGAGCAAGAACGGAGUGAUAGUGGACUUUGUGGCGUUGGGGAAUAUGGAGGAUCCGUAUGGCGAGGAGUUGCGGAGAAGGACGGAGGGAAUGCUUGGCUUUAGUCAAGGAGGAGUAAAAAGCUUAGAGGUAAAUCACUUGAUCUCGACUGGAAUUGCUGAAUCUAGUUCAAAGAAAAGGAAACGAGGCAGGCCACGGAAGAAUGAGAAUGUCGAUUUGGGUAAUAACGAGUUAGUAGAGAGGAAGAAAAUUGAGAAUAAAACGAUUGCUGUUGUGUGUGACGAUGUGGAAGUGCAGAAUAAGAAGAAAGAGGAGAUGGAGAUGGUGAGCAAGAAUGGAGUGAUAGUGGACUGUGUGGCGUUGGGGAAUAUGGAGGAUCCGUAUGGGGAGGAGUUGCGGAGGAGGACGGAGGGAAUGCAAUUGAAGGCAGAAUUUUUAGGGUUUUUGGAAGGGUUCGAGGGUGAAUGGGGGAGUACGAGAAAGAAGAGGAGGAUUGUGGAUGCUAGCUUGUUUGGGGAUGCCCUGCCGAUUGGGUGGAAGCUCUCUAUCUGCGUCAAGAAGCAAGCCGGUCGUGUUUGGUUGGCUUGUACAAGAUACAUAAGCCCUAAUGGGCUGCCGUUUGUGUCCUGCAAGGAAGUUUCAUCGUAUUUGCUUUCCUUUUCUGGACUUCAUGAUGCAAGACAGUUGAAUUUUGAUCACAUGGAUGGCAGGAUUAAGUUGACCGACAAAAUAGCUGCAUCCAUUUCUGCAGAUCAAACAUGUAAAGAUGGCAAGAUUGAGAAUGAUUUUGUUAGCUAUAAGGCAUUGCCUGUCAUCUCUACAUCUAUUGAGACAGGGGGGUGUCCGAGGGAUGUUCAAACAGGGAUGAAUUAUGAAUGCCACAAGUGCACCUUGACUUUUGAUGAGCAGGAUGACUUGCUGCAGCACUUGCUAUCAUCUCAUCAGCGGUCUCCAAAACAGCUUAAGUGUGGGACAUCAACAAAUGAAGAGGUGAUAAUAAAAAAUGGAAAAUAUGAAUGUCAGUUUUGUCUUAAACUUUUUGAAGAAAGGCAUCACUUCAAUGGCCACCUUGGGAACCACGCAAAAGAUCAUUUCAAGAAACUUGAUGCUUCCAGCGACGUAACCACUCAAAAGAAUGAUGAACCUACAUCUGUUGAAAUUCCUGUUGGAGCUGUAAAGAUCCAAACAUCGAUUGACAUUGACAGGGAUUCUGAUGAAAUAACUUCUGACACUAAAACCAAUGGUGCAAUAAAUUCCACCAUUCCAUCUUGGGAAAUGAAGGCAAAUACUUCUGUGAAAGCCUAUUGUGGUAAGCAGGAUAGAGUAUCUAAUAUUAGCAAUGAUGAAAUGGGGAAGAUGAAUGAAGUUACUGGCAUUUCUGCUGAAAUUAGUGUUUGUUCAGAACCAGCCUUGUUGAGUAAUGAGAAUAAUGCAAUUCAUAGAUCUUCUGAUGAAGCAAAUGUUCCCAGGUACUGCACCAACAUUGUCGAUGAACUUGACUGUUCAGUUGCUGGUGAUGUAAGGAACCUGGCCUGUAUAAAUUUGAAUCAGUUUCCCCCUAGGCUAAUUGAGGAACUCAAUCAGGAGAGAGGUUCUGAUAGUGGUUUACUUGCUCCAAAUGCCAAGGAGAACAUGUUUAAUGAUGACAUUAUUGAGGAUAGGAAUUGCUCUAGCACAAUUGAUAACAUGGUAAUUGAUGAUUGGGAUACAGAUGGAAAAGGUGAGCCUGCUACUGGUUCUUGUGCUGCAAUAGCAGAGAAUGUUGCAGCUAAUUUGAAGGAGCAAAGAAGUUCUGAAGGCUGUUCUGUCGGGCAUUUGAAUUCCAAUGCGGUGGAAACCAUGCAGGAAAAAGGUUCUAAAGGGGAUUUAACGGGUAUUGAGAACAAAGGUGGCCUGCUUACUAUAUCUGGUAAUGAGCAAUCAUUUGACUUAAAAGGUAAUGUAAUUAAGGUUUCCAAGGGCACAAUAAAUGUGGUUAAUCAAAAUGAAGUUCUAUGCCUUAAGAACAAUGAGUUUGGCAGUGAGAUUGAUCAAUCUGUGCAGACCGUAACUAAUAUUAAGCAGGAAAGAAGUUCAAACAUUUUUUCAUUUUUUCCAUCAACAAAUGGACUAACAUUUCCUUCAAAAGACUAUGGUAUGUGCAAUAGCACAUUGGAGAAGCUUAGUCAGGGUAGAAAUUCUGGAAAUGGACCAUCUCACAAUGAGCAAUCCCAUGAUGAUGAGAGUAGUGUGAAUCGGUUAUCAUGCUCUACAUUAGCAGAAGACAAGCUGCAGGAAGCUAAAACCUCCUGCAAUGGAGAGUUAUGUAUUGCUUUUGGUGACAAUGGCACUGAACAGGAUGCAGAUAUUGUGACCGGCACUGUGCAGGAAAUUUGUUUUCUUUUUGCUGGGAAUCAACAUACAUUAGCUGCUAAAGAUAAUGCAACUGGUCCCUUCAAUGGCACCAUGGACGAGCUGAAGCAGAAAAUGGAUUCUGUAGAGAGUGUACUUUGUCUAUCUGGUGAUGCGCCGAUGCGGAGUGUUGAAAAGAAUAUGCACGCAGCAUUCACAGGGUCAAUUCAGGACGAGCCGAGUGUAAAGCACACAGAAAAUUCUAAGAAAGAUGAUUUGGGUCAUGAUUUUAGUGGCCACCCUGGACCAAGUGAAAGUGUCGUAUCUGAGUUUAUGUGGAGAAAUGAUGAAGAAAAGGGCCUGCGAUGUGAUUUUGCUGAUACUUGUCAACCAGUGCAAGCAUCAGGUUUUUUUCCUCUGUAUGAUGCGGUUUCAGAUAAGGGUGAAAGUGAACUUUAUGGGGAGACAUAUGGUGUUAUAUCAGGUUUUGGAGGGUCGAAAUCAGGUGGCAUGGAAAAUAUGGAAUAUAAUGUUCUGAAUUCUCAAGUAAGCUCUCAUUCAGAUGAAUCCAAGGCUGUUUCAUGUGAUGCAGUUAUGCCUCAAGGGUUUGAUUCUUCUGUUUGUCUUGAGAAGGGAGAUUUGCCUUUUUUGGCAAAGAAUGCAAGCAGGCACCACGUACCUGCUGUGUGUGUCUGGUGUGGAAGGGAGAUUUGCCAGGAGGAUUUCGAAUCUGAAGCACAAACAAGCACGAUGGGUUUUAUGUGUGCAGAGUGCACUGCAAGGUUUUCAGGGCAUUAAUGUACAGUAAAAUGGGUUGCCAAUUAACAUUCCAGGCUCCCAUGACAAAAAAAGCUCAGGUAGUUUCUACUUUCUACUUUCAGAAAUUGUUUCUUUUGGCUAGAAAUGAUUCCAUGUUUCACAGAAAUUCAAAAACCCAUUUGGUUGUUACCCUGUUGUCUUCUAAAAGUCGAGCUUGGUGUCAAAUUAACAAUUGUUUUUGUCAGGUUCAAGUUCUUGAACCAUGGAUACUUUUUUCAUUCAGCAUGUGAAUUAUUAUGAAGUGACCAUGUUUUCAUUCGCACAGGCUGUUGAAAAAUUCGACCGGUCAAUUUACACA